AUUUGUGAAGCGAGUUCAAAGAAGGUGAUGAAGUUUUCAUUUUUUCUUUCAGCUAUGGAAACGAAUCACAAGAAAGGAAAAAAUAGAAAGGCUUAUCAUCUAAAGAAGCAUAGAAAAUCAGAUAAUAAUAAGAGUUUCGAUCCAAGACCAACAAUCAAAGAAGUGAAUGAUGAGAAGCCGGUUUUGUUUCAAUUGGGGAGCAUUGCUAGUUAUGGGGUCAGUGAUGUUCGUCUCGAGGCAGAUCCAGAGAUCACCACUAGAAGAUCUACAUCUCUUUCCUUGUCUUCAUUGUCUCCAACCUCUUCAGGGGAUAUACUCGAGAUCAAUGCAAAAGAAAGGAAAUCCAGCUUAUCUUUCGAUAGUAGCGUACACAAUAAGGAGCUCUUAAGCCUUUCUUCUAAAUUAUGCGAGUUACAAGGUUCAUCAGACACACCAGGGUCACAAGUGUCUGGUGUAACUAAUGCUUCAGUGGAACCUUUGCUUAUGUCGCCUUCUGUUCAAAUGAUGGAUAGAGAAGGAUCUGAUCAACCUCAGAGAAGCUCGUUACCGACCUUGGAGAAGAAUUUGAGCACACUUUCAAAUGAUUCUCUGUUUAGUCUCAGCAUAGGUGAUAACGCGAUAGCAAGAGAUGAGUUGUUUAGUUACCGUGAUUUCAAGUCUGGAGAGAUCACAAAAUCGGGAGAGCUGUUAUCGUUCUGCCCUGCUAUUCAUGGUCCGGCUGAUUCUUCUGAUCUAGGAAAGAGCUUUGAUAUGGAGGACAAAGCGAGUGGAGAAUAUGGCCAAGUUGUGAUUACAAUUCUUCUUGUGGCUGGCUCUUCUGCUGCCAUUGGAGCUGUUGGAGUUGCUGUUGCUGUUCCAGGUAGAUUGCUACUUCCAGAUUCUCACAUUGGUCUUCUUUAAUCUGUGAUUGUUUCAAUCGAAAAGCCUACCGGAGUUUUCUUUAUGUUGCUACAGUUCUUCGAAGAAGGUAGUAGAUGAUGAGAUGACUAGAGGGAGUGACAAACAGAGACUGCAAAAAGCAGAGUUUAAAACAUCUCAUAAAUGGUUUUGUUGCUU